AAGACCUUGGCAAAAAGUUAUUGGCAACAAUAAAGUAAAAGCAAGGGACAAGGCAAAUAAAAGUCUCUGGCAAGCAAGAAAGAAUCAUACCGUCAAAAGCUUUGGCAUACAUCAUCUUUUAUCAAAAUGGUUAAAAAGCAACCUAGCUGAACUAGUAGAAAACAGAGAUUCUGACAGCUUGUAAAUAUUUUCAUCUAAAGUGAAUCAGAAAGGAACUGCUGAUAAUAGUAAAAUGUGUAAAUAAAGGCCUAUUUCUGGUAGUGAGGAGCAGCAAAGUUAGCCCAGUAAACAUAAACCUGCAGCUUAUCAGACCUAACCAGCAGAAAAUAUAAAUAAAACUAAUCCUCUAAAAAUGCUCAGAUUUAUAAUUGAUCAAUUAAAUCAUUUGAGCGCACCUUAACUGGAUCUAGAUCCAGUAUCCAAAUGACAUUAAUCCUCAUAAUUUGAAUGGCCAUUUUGAAAAAGAUGAGAUACUGGAAAAUAAGCAAGCGCACAGUAUAAAAGGUUGACUGAAAAAACUUAUAAAAUCCUCACCAGUCAAGUCUCAAUUAACUAUUAUUUCAUGGAAGGUGAGAAGAGAGAAUUGCAGCAGCCCUUCAAUGCCGUCAUCUCCACAGAUGUUGCAGGUGCUUACGACCCACGGCUUGAUCUGAGCUUGUCAAUGAGCAUCAUAACAUCACAGCUGACUGAUAGCAACAAAGCUGACAGUAAUUUGAAGAUUGUGCCAGUUCCGAAGGAGGAAGCUGGAGAACAGAUUCGGCUAGCUGCGUUGGAGAAGGCCUCUGCUGAGAGGAUGAGAGAGCUGGCAAGACGAGAGCUAGAACAAGCGGAGAAAGAAUUUAGACUAGCGAGAAUGAUAUGGGAGCAUGCAAGAGAAGAAGUAAAAAAGGUUGAGAGUAUGAAGAUGAUUGCUACAAGAAGAAUUGGCUCCACAUGCAUAGAAAUCACCUGCCAGAACUGCCAGCAACAUUUCCAGCCAUAAAUUAGCCUGUGUUCUU